AUGUCAAAGAUCAUUAAGAAAAAGGAAAAUAAGAAUGUUAACGAAUUAGCUUCUUUGGCUGAAAAGAUCAGAGCAAAGGCUCUUGAGAACCAAAAGAAACGGAUAGAAGCGGAAAAUGAAAGUAGUUCAGAAUCUGAUUCUGAAGAACCUUCCGCUAUUGAAAAAAAAAGAGUUUCCAAACCAAAGAGCAAAUCUAAAGACUCCACGUCGACCGAAAAUGACCAUUCAAAUGACGGUGAAUCCUUCGAAACUUUUAACGAGUUAAAUCUGGUUCCCGAGCUACUCCAAGCUUGUAAGAACUUGAACUACUCCAAACCAACUCCAAUUCAAUCUAAAUCAAUUCCACCAGCACUUGCAGGCCAUGAUAUCAUUGGUCUUGCACAAACAGGUUCCGGUAAGACUGCUGCGUUUGCUAUUCCCAUUUUAAACCGUUUAUGGCACGAUCAAGAGCCAUACUAUGCAUGUAUUCUUGCCCCAACGAGAGAAUUGGCACAACAGAUCAAAGAAGCUUUUGAUUCAUUAGGGUCCUUAAUGGGUGUAAGGUCGACAUGUAUUGUGGGUGGUAUGAAUAUGAUGGACCAAGCUAGAGACUUGAUGAGAAAACCACAUAUUAUCAUUGCUACGCCUGGUAGAUUAAUGGAUCAUCUAGAGAACACCAAGGGGUUCUCGCUGAGGAAGCUGAAAUUUUUAGUCAUGGAUGAAGCAGAUAGAUUGUUAGAUAUGGAAUUCGGACCCGUUCUUGAUAGAAUUCUAAAGAUUAUACCAACGCAAGAUAGAACUACAUAUUUAUUUUCUGCCACUAUGACUUCCAAAAUUGAUAAAUUGCAAAGAGCCAGUUUGACAAAUCCUGUGAAAUGUGCCGUAUCAAAUAAAUAUCAAACCGUGGACACAUUGGUGCAAACAUUGAUGGUUGUGCCAGGCGGUCUCAAAAACACUUAUUUGAUAUAUCUAUUAAAUGAGUUCAUCGGGAAGACAAUGAUUAUUUUCACUAGAACAAAGGCCAAUGCCGAAAGAUUAUCGGGAUUGUGCAACUUGCUGGAGUUCAGCGCCACUGCUCUACAUGGUGACUUGAAUCAAAACCAAAGAAUGGGUGCUCUGGAUMUGUUUAAGGCAGGAAAGAGAGCUAUCCUUGUCGCUACAGAUGUUGCUGCUAGAGGAUUAGAUAUUCCAUCUGUGGAUAUAGUUGUAAACUACGAUAUUCCUGUUGAUUCUAAAUCCUACAUUCACCGUGUGGGUAGAACAGCAAGAGCCGGUAGAUCAGGGAAAUCUGUUUCGCUGGUGUCACAGUAUGAUCUGGAAUUGAUCUUAAGGAUUGAAGAAGUGUUGGGUAAAAAACUACCGAAGGAAAAUGUGGACAAGAACAUUAUAUUAACCCUGAGAGACUCUGUUGAUAAGGCCAACGGUGAAGUUGUCAUGGAAAUGAACAGAAGAAACAAGGAGAAGAUUGCCAGAGGUAAGGGAAGAACAGGAAGAAUGAUGAUGAGAGAAAACAUGGAUAGGGGUGAAAGAUAA